CAUACGUACGAGCACUUAUGCUGAGAGGCUGGGUCGGGUCGCAUAGAUAUGGCCACAUCAUUCAUCGCGCAAAUUAGAGUCAAGAUCGGAUGUGGGGCAUAUAUGCCAACUCACUGCCAUUCGGAUGAAAUAACGGACUGCGGUGUGAAUGACUUGGCGCGGGGCAGCGUGUCAGUAAAUAUUGAGAAAACAAAGUGAUCAUAAAAAGCCAUUUUGCACAAAGAGACGAGAUCUACGUGAGCGGCAACGCAAUUCUCCUGGGGUUUCAGUCGACUUCAAAAACCUGAUUGAUAAGCCAAGCGUCUGAGAACGCCAAGAACCGAUCAGCCGCCGAUAUCCAUAUAAAUAGACUGGUCACCGGCAUCACUUGCAGUUCAGUGCUGGAAGCGGAGCACUCACACACUAAGCCACACUUUGCAAGCCAUGCCCAUCCACGGAGUCAUCCACUGCCUUAUGGUCGCCCUGCUCCUACUCCUGGUCGUCGUGUCCGGUUCCCCGGCCCGUGGAUUCUAUCAGCAGCCGCAGCGAGGCGGUCGCAGCUACGAGGAUAUCGCCCGAGUGGUCAAUCCCAACCAGUACGCCUUUCCCGGAUCCCGCGUUUAUCCUAGUCAACCCUUCUGGCCAUCGGGAUAGCACUACAGUA